AUGAUGAAGAAGGGCGCAGGCAAGUUUCUAAAGUUCUUCCUGAUCGACGACAAGGAAAGAGAGGUGCUGGCGGCAACAGCCGAAGACCAGGGCGAUGCCCACUACCUGUACAAGAAUUCGAAGGGCUUUAAUCAGCAUGGAAAACUGGAUUCGCAAAAGAGAAGGGAGUUGAUAAAGUGGCUGGAGAAGAUCAUUCGAAGUUCUCAGACUCAAGUCCGCAGCAAGCAGAAG